CGUGUUCCAGCUGGAUCUGCGGGUCUGCAGGUCUGCAGCAGCACAGACAUAUACACGGAUAUAUGUCUGUGUGCAGCAGCAUGUCUGCAGUCUCUCUGCGGGGCUUCAUCGGCCAGCGGCUGGCCGCGGCUGCAGAGGAAAUCUUCUCCGAGUUCGAGAAAACCAUCGUGCGGUAUGAGGAGGAGAUCGAGCGGCAGCGGAGACUGUUGGAGGAGGUUUCCUGGAGACCGGGGGACGGAACCACAGGCAUCCCCCAGCAACACGACUAUAAGGAGGAAGAGGAAGAGGAGGAGGAUGUUCUUCCUGAUGUCCGGAUCUUCGACCAAGAGGAACCAGAACUCCCACUGAUUAAGCAGGAGCAGGAUGAGCCAGAAGCGGUCCACAUUAAAGAGGAAGUGGAGGAAGAGGAAGAGGAGGAGCUAAUGCUGAAGCAGGAGGAUGAUGCCUUCAUGGUGACUGUUACACUUGAUGAAAGUGACCACAGCGAGUCCGAGCCAGUCAGUAGCCAGAGCCUCCCUGCACUCACUGAGAGUCCAGAUCAGGAAGGAAGGAAGCAGACAGACUCUGGAACGGCCCGGAAUGAAGAGCUGAAGCCCAAAAAGCGACGUCGCAAGAAUGCUUCCAAACCUGAGAAAUGUGAAAUCUGUGGAAAAGUGUUCAAGGAUAAAAUCAUAAAGAAGGAUCAUCUGAGAAUCCACACGGGCCUGAAGCCGUAUGCUUGCAAGACCUGCGGGAGGAGGUUCUACGUCAUGUCCCAGAUGAAGUAUCACGAACGGACUCACACCGGCGAGAAGCCGUACUCCUGCAAGGCCUGCGGGAAGAGCUUUGGUCACAGCGGAGAUCUGAACGUCCACAUGAGAACCCACACGGGUGAGAAGCCGUACUCCUGCAGCACCUGCGGGAAGAGCUUUGCCCACCUGUCGGUUCUGAAGCGGCACCUGACGAUCCACACGGGCGAGAAGCCGUAUCCAUGUAGCACGUGCGGGAAAAGAUUCACCGAGCUGACGGCCCUGAAAAGACAUUCCACCAUCCACACGGGUGAGAGGCCAUAUUCCUGCGAAACGUGCGGGAAAAGCUUCAGGCAAAGCGGAACGCUGAUGUGCCACCUGAGGAUCCACGCUGGGGAAAAACCGUAUUCCUGCAAGACGUGCGGGAAGGGGUUCACCUGCUUUUCAGCCAUGAAGAAGCACACGGCGGUCCACACGGGCGACAAGCCGUUUCCCUGUAGCACCUGCGGGAAAAGUUUCACCGACCUGUCGCGCCUGAAGAGGCAUUCCACCAUCCACACAGGAGAGAGGCCGUACUCCUGCAAGAUCUGUGGGAAGAACUUCAGACAAAGCAGCGACGUGUCGUCGCAUAUGAGAACGCACACGGGCGAGAAGCCGUACUCCUGUGAGCUCUGCGGCAAACAAUACAGCCACUCGUCCUACUUAAAAAAACACAUGACGGUACACACGGGGGAGUAG